GAUAACGUGUCGAAAGAGGACCGUUAGAGCGUCGGAGCCGUUGCAAAGUGACCGUUGGGGCCUCUGGGCCGCCUCAAGAGGUACUUUUCUAUUAUAAUGGGAAGGGGGAAUGGGGAAGCCAUAUUUUUUAAUUGUGAAGAGAUCGUGUAAAGAAAAUACGAGAAAAUAGCAGAAUCCUUGAGAAAAUACUCGAACAAAGCAAGAAAGAUCGAUCGUGAGAAACCCAUCCAUUUCUAGUUUCCAGAGGGCAUUGAUCUAAAGUCUUACCUGCAAAAGUUCCAAAUGGCAACUCAAACUGGCGGGGCCUCUGUUGGGGAAAGAGUUAAUAACUUUAAACCACUAAAGGAAGGGAACUUGGGCAGAAGGAAGCCACUUGCUGACAUCUCACAGAAGCAAAAUUCCAAGAAUAUCACCAUUGGAGGAAAGAAAAAUGCUUCUAAAGCUAAGGAGAAAGUGCAGAUCAGCGGCAGAAAACCACUAACUGAUAUUUCAAACUCUGGAAACCCAUGCGGGCGCCAGGCUCCAAAGAAGCACCAAGACAAAACACAAAAUGCAAUUGCAGGGGAAGAAGAAAUUCAUCUUGAUGAAGAAUGGCACGGCCACAACCAUAAAGAGUGCAUCAAAGUACAGAAGAAGGCGAGGGAUCUUGAGUUUGAUUACUUGCUGAAGGAUGUUGGACUAGAUUUCUCCAUGCAAUUGGCAACACGGGAAUUUCCAAUGUCAAGGAAAUCAAAGCCUGAGAGCCCUCCGAAGCAUCUAGAAUUGGAAGAGAUAGAUAAGGUGCUCAUAGAAGACCUAUUUUCCACCAAGUCUCCACCUCGCUGCCAAUCUCCCACAUCGCAGUAUUUGCUCUUGGAGGAGUCGCCAUUUUUGAACUGGAAGUACUGCACGCCUCGUUUCACCUUAAAAAAAUGAGAGACCAAUGCUGCCAAGGGUAGCUUUUAACAUGUGCUUCAUUUUCUGAUGAAAAUGGAGAGACUAUGCAGAACUCUGUGUAGCUUGCUAGAAAAUGCAGUACUUGGUGUAACUUGCUGCUAGUUUUUGUGCCAGGAAAAAAUAUUAGUGCUAAAAUCUUUGAAUGGGGUUUACUUUCCCUGCAUCCUUCUUUUGUCUUGUGUGUGUGUGCGUGCAUGUUCAAGGAUUCAGAGAAAAAUUUCUUUCACAAUCUGUGUGUUUUAGAAA